CGGUGGUAGAUGUCGGCGUUGGAGAAGAACGCGACGACUGAGGCGGGACUUCGACAAGCUUCUCGUGUGGCGGGCAUAAGUUGGUCUGCUUCCGUUGGCGGUCCUCGUGUUGAUGGUGGUGGUACUCGGCUGGGUCCUGCUGCUGAUACUGCAGGUAUGGUGUUGGAGUGCCAGAAGCCGUCACUGUCGAAGUCGGGGUCAAGAUCCGGCGGGUGAGUCCAGGCGGCGAACGAUACGAUGCCAUCGCUGUCGGCAGUUCCGCGGUCGGGGACGAAGUCCAACACGAAGACACCGGACUUCAGGAGGGCACGACCGAUGAAGAGGCCGCCCUUCCCGUGGUUUUCGUUGUUGGCGACGGUGAUGACGACGUCGCGGUUGAGUCGUUUCUCCUGUUGUACGAAGCGUCCCGAGGAGCACAUGUGUUGACCGCAGCAGCUGUCCAAGAACCAGGUGUUUCGCCCGGUGGGUUCGGCGUUGGCGACCGCAGCGUAUGUCGGGUUGACCUGAAGUCCUUGUGAGCGCGGCGGCGGGAAUUCCUCUUCGUCUGAUGUUGAAGAGCGCCUUGGGGAACUUGCUUGAGUGGAAGCAACUUGUGGGUCUGCUGCUCGGUAAACGCGAGGGCGGUUGCAGUUGACUUUGGAGUGUCCGGAAGUCUGGCAGUUGUGGCAGAACGGCGGCACGAUGAUCCAUCUCCUGUUGUUCAGCGUGAAGCUCGGCGCAGAGGUGCAUCUCCGAGAUCCUUCCGUGGGCGCGAAGAAGCGAUCGUGUGGUUCUCCAUUCUGGUCCGAGCCCGGCGAGGACAAGUGUGACGAAGCUUUCUUCAGUGAUCGUUCCUCCGCACCGAAGCAGGCGGUCGCGCAGGGUCUGGCAGCGACUCAUAUACUGCAUCGCCUUUUCCCCGGUCUUCAUCUGUAUUGUUGUCAGCUGUUGCAUGAGUCUGCUUUGUGUCACGCUGUCGUUUGCUUGGUAGAGGCAUUUGAGAUGAUGCCAUGCGAGUUCCGCGGAGUUUCCAUAACUCCGAUACGUUCUGAUGCUCUGCUGCUCUUGUGGUGACAGGUUCCGCAGGAGGACUGUAUACGCCAGUAGCGACUGAUACGUGAAGAUCUCUUGUUCCUUUCCAGUGCCGUUGCUUGGGAAUGGCAGGGACCCGUUGAAGUAUCCCAGAAGAUGCGCGGCCUCCAUCAGCAGCUCGAACUCGAAGCUCCAGCUGCUGUUGGUUGGGCGCGGGGCGGCAUGAACUCGAACGUCCCCGGUGAAGAAUGAUAAGGCGCAAAGGUGUCCUUGUCUGCUGUUGCUGG